AUACAAGUUGUGUUUGGCAGAAGAGAAAAAACCUAAAGAUGGUGGGAAAGGAAGAUCUGGGUUUGAGUCUUAGCUUGACUUUUCCCCAGAAUAACAACUCUUUACAGCUAAAUCUAAAGACUUCUCUUGUUCCUUCCUCUGCUAAUUCUUGUACUUCUCCUUCUGGUUUAACCCUAAGCAAAUCCGCAUGGAAUGAUUCUUCAUCUCGUUCAGAUCAUAACUCGGAAUCUUUCCGGGCCGAGACUGGAUCAUUUUUCAGAGGAAUCGACAUGAACAUAUUGCCAUCGACAGUCGAUUGUGAAGACGAAGCUGGAGUUUCAUCUCCAAACAGCACGAUAUCAAGCGUGAGUGGAAAAAGGAGCGAGAGAGAAGGGAACGAGGAUAAUCUCGAGAUUGGAAAAGCCUAUUCUCGUGGCAUCAGCGACGAAGAAGACGGCGACACUUCGAGAAAAAAGCUUAGACUUUCUAAAGAUCAAUCUGCUACUCUCGAGGAAAGCUUUAAAGAACACAGCACUCUCAACCCCAAGCAGAAAUUAGCAUUGGCUAAGCAGCUUGGAUUACGACCCAGACAAGUCGAGGUGUGGUUUCAAAACAGAAGGGCAAGGACGAAGCUAAAGCAAACGGAGGUUGAUUGCGAGUUCCUUAAGAGAUGCUGUGAAAAUCUGACGGAGGAGAACCGGCGGUUGCAGAAGGAAGUUCAGGAGCUGAGAGCUCUGAAACUUUCCUCCACGCAGUUCCACAUGCAAAUGACCCCACCAACCACCCUCACCAUGUGCACAUCAUGUAAGAGGGUGGCGGUCCCACCCAACCCGCCAUCCACCGCCGUCGAUCCACGGUCCCAUUACAGGCCCAUACCCGUAAACCCUUGGGCUCGGGCUGUUGCAGUUGCCGCUCAUCAACCGUUCGAUGCUCUUCGUCCUCGAUCGUGAUAAUAUCCUACAUGCAAGGGCAACGUGAAAAGACUAAUGCGUGGAUUGCUAAAUGAUAUGGUGGUUAGAAUGUGGAUUUUGGUGGGUCUUUCAUGUUUUGUAUUGUCGGCCCAACCAACCUUUUGACAUAUUUAAUUAGUUUAAUUUAAUUUUUUUUGGUGUUAAUCAGCGAUGCUAAUUACAUC